UAGUCCUGCUGGAGUUAUUUGAGAUUGUAAUAAUCUCGUCGCGCGGCUUCGCCCCUUUGGUACUCCGCAGCCGCGCAUCGCCAGUAUGGUAUUCUCGACCUCACAUCCUUGCCAGAUAGGGACAGUUAUUCCCCCGUCCUCUGUUACCUUCGAUUAGCUAAGGUAAAAGUCAAAAAUGUCCCUGCUGUUUACAGAGUCGAGCCCGGUGAAAACCUAACUUCCUCCUCUCUUCUUCCACGGGGCUCUCCUUUGGCGCCGCCACUCAUUCCUCCAAUGGCUACUCCGGCAAGAGGCAAGAAACGGCUCGUCGUCGACGUCGAUCUCGAGCUCGACAGUGAGGUCGAAGUGGCCUCCGCCUUCAGCCGACUGUCUGUUUCAGUCGUUGCCAAGCGUACAGGCGAGAGUUCUACAGGCGACGGUUGCGGCUUCGAGCACUCCACCGGCAAGCAGCGCACCUCCAGCAAGGAGUGGACCAGCGGCAAUGAACUCACCUGCGCGGCCACAUCAGAGCUCACAGCCGGCGUCAAUCACUGCUCGGCACCUCGUUCAGUGUCGAUUACCCGAUUUGAAACAGUUCGUAGUGACCUCGCCCAAGCCAUUACAAAGAUGCGUGUAGUUGGGAAGGAGUUGAAAGAUUUGGCUGGAGACGAGAUUAUGAAUUCGCCAGAUACGGCCAAAGAUGUGUCAUCUACAAAGUGCUCCAUUCCAAUUUAUCGCAGUUGUUGCGCUAUAAUGACCACUAGGCCAUGCUGGCACGGUUUCCCUGUGUGCUGCCAUUCUAGACAUGAACAGUAUCUCUGUUCAGCUUUGACAACGUGUCUGCUGUGAAUGUUGUUAUUAUCACGGAUCUCAGCAUGAUAGUAGUCACCUUUUUGUAUAGAUAAAUGACCCAACCCCCGGGUUCUAGCCUUCAACAAAUUGAUGACUAUGGGAAGGAUUGUACCA